GUUAAAGGGGUAGGAGUUAUACAUAUGUAUACACCAAAACCUGCAUGGUGGCCUACCUCAGGCGCGUAGGGUGAUCUCCAAGCAUCAUCUCCUUUAUGAAUGAUUGUGAGGGAAACUUAAAGUGCACGUAAUUCUACAUAUAUGAAUGUUUGCAUGAACACCCUGUAUGAAAGUGUUUUACAGUUUACAGAUUACUGUAUAUUAGAAGGAUUGAUAUAUUACUCGUUUCUAAUAUCAGUUACUAUUAUUAAUAGAUUUGAUGAUCAUUUUAUUGUGAUCACGUUCGUUUAAAAAUCAAAAGUUGAUUCUAUGCAUUAAAAAGGGGCAUGAAGAUAAUUGAUAGCUGCUUUUAGAAAGGCAAAGUGCUUAGCGCUAUUUUGUUACGAUUUCAUGAAAUACAUAAUCGUAAGUAAAUGACUCAGCGUGAUAUGUUUGAUAACUUUGUAUUAUCAGGAAGAAUUAAUUACAUGAAACUGCAUUUUUUUAGACAAAAUUGGCAAACGUUUUCUAAUAAUUAAUAUACACCCGUGUUUGUACAAAAUGACACCAUGGUAUUUAGGUCAACCAGCUCGAUAGCAUGCGGUUAAUCUCGAUAUUGAAUUUUCCUGAACAUUUCAUUAGGAAGAAAAAUGCCAUGACUGACGUACGAGGCACCAAAAACCUAAAAAACUAUUCGGUAGUAACAUUUGAAAGAAAAGUAUCCAUAGUAUUUUAUAAAUUUAAGAAACCUGAAGGUGAAUUUAUACAUUUUACGUAUGAACACUCAUGUGUUUGAAUAUACAUAAAUUUUAAAAAACGUUUUGAUUAUCUGGAAACUUAUUUGAUAGACCAGAUAAUUGAAAUAAUGUUUUUUAAUUGUAGUUGGUUUUGGGUUCUUAUUUAUCAUUCUCAGUAAACUUAUGCGCGAAAUAAAAUAUAUUCAAACAACAUCUUGUAUUUUUUCAUUAUUUACGCAUUUGUUAAUUUAAAAUGUUUGACAUUUGUACAAUAUAGAAAAAAGAAUAUGGUGCACGUUAUAAAUAUGUUAACAUCAUCUACAUUUUGUAAAAUGUAAAAAUACAAAUAUAUCUUGUGCUUUCAAUAAACGGGUACAUAAACAAGGCUGUGCUGGUAUUAUAGAACAUUGCUAAAAUAAGAAGCUAAUUGAUUCAAGAUCAAUUACACACAAAAAUAUACUUCUAAAAAAAAGAAUUAUGCUAUGCUGAAUAUUUUAUUAUAUUUAUUUUGUUGAUGCAACAUCAAAAUUUGUCUAAUUACCAAUAAAAAGUAUAUAAUCGUAUUUUUAUAUCUUCUUAUGAAUCAUUUGUUCAAAAAUUUUAAGGUGAUGCGAGUGUGGAGGUCGAACUCCAAAUUUCGCGUCGGUAAAACAGCUCAUGUUUGGAAACUGAUUCAAGCGCCACCUCAGUUAUUGCAUCCAACAAACGGCAUGCUAUACAGCGUUCACAUAAUAAAUACCAAAGAAAACACUGAAUAAUGUACUUUUUUGGUUCCAUACAAUACCCAUUUUGUUUUAAGCUUUAAUUAUUUGUAAUGAACUAAUGAAUAAAGAGAAAUAUUAAUUUGAUAUGUAUCUAAGUAGUUCUCCAUGACGUGUAUGAUGUCACCAAAGGCUUUAUUAUGAAGCCUUCAUCUGGCAACGAUGCCUCGUUUUGAUAAUAAACCUCUUCCGAUGGAGGAAAACCAAAAAUCUCGUGUUAUUCUUGAAGAAUACGGUAUACCUAAUGCUUCUGAAUAUACCAAUUAUCAGUCACAAGACUGGAAUUUACAUAAUUUUAAAAAGGAAUUUAAGAUACAAGUUGUCAGAGAAUCUGAAGAUGAAAGAGAGUUAGAGUUUGAUUUAAUUGGUUAUCCUGUUGGUUUAGCUAAUGCUUUCCGUAGGGUUCUUUUAAGUGAGGUACCAAGCAUGGCUAUAGAAAAAGUUUAUAUUGUAAAUAAUACAAGUUUAAUUCAGGAUGAAGUUCUUGCCCAUAGAUUGGGUCUGAUACCACUUCAAGCUGAUCCAAGGUUAUUUGAGUAUCCUUCAUCUACUGCUAAGGAUGAAGAUGAAGUUAGUGAUCAAGAUACACUAAGAUAUGAACUUAAAGUAACUUGCACUUGGAAUACCCAAGCUCCCAAAGAUGCUCGAAGGACAACUGAUAUGUACAAAAACAGUAAUGUGUAUAGCAAAAAUAUUAAAUGGGUUCCAAUUGGACGCCAAGCAGAACUGUAUCCACGAGGAGGAGAGCAAUUAGGGGUUUUAGAAAAUGAUAUUUUAAUAUGUAAAAUGCGACCAGGUCAAGAAAUCCAUGCUUUUAUGCACGCAAUUAAAGGAAUUGGGAAAGAUCAUGCUAAAUUUUCUCCUGUAGCUACAGCAUCAUAUAGAUUACUACCAGAUAUACAAUUAAUAAAGCCAGUUAGAGGAGAAAUGGCGGAUCGUUUAAAAAAUUGCUUCAGUAUUGGUGUUAUAGAAGUAAUUGAACAAAAACCAGGUGAUCCAGAGUCUCGUGAAGCGAGAGUGAAAAACCCUCGUUAUGAUAGUUGUUCUAGAAACGUAUUUCAACACGAAGAUCUUAAAGGAUGUGUACGAUUAAGUAGAGUACGAAAUCAUAUUAUAUUUACUGUUGAAUCUGUAGGAACAUUACCUCCAGCCAUAUUAUUUACAGAAGGAGUUAAAAUUCUUAAAGGAAAAUGUAAAACAUUUUUAGAAGAACUUGAAAAUAUUGGAAAAUAAAUAUACAUACUUUUUUACUAA